GCUACAGGUAUCGGAAAAAACAACGUUUUCUUUGAUAUAAUUAUACACCACUGGAGUGCCGAUUUUACAGUUGAUGUUGUCUUUCUUUUAGUAACGUAAAAAAUUUUAUUUUUUCUGGAACUUCUGCCAAAAACACAAAUUCACAGUCCAGAAUUAAAAGGACUGGUAAAAUGCCACGACAACUUUCAACUGUUUUGUCAGAUGCUGUGCUGGCCAUUUCAGUUAUUCAUUUUGUGUACAAUGUGUUCUUUACAAACUUCUUUGCUGCAUUGGGCUUGGGCAUACAGGGAGCUGCAGCACUAGCUGGAACAGUGCGUUUCAGUAUGAGUGAUCCAGACAGGAUAAUAAAGGAAUAUCAUCAGCUAUUUUCUUGGUUAGCACAAGUUGCGGGCUUGCCAUUGCUUGCAAUUGGGUUUGCUCACACUAAUGCUCCAGUCCUGGUGAGCUUUAACUUUUUAUUCAUGAUUGGAGCAGUGGUUGCAACUCGUUUUGCUGAUCCACCCACACGGAAGCUUAUAACAGAAGCAACUGCCGGCUUUGGAAUGUUGACCAUUAUCUUCUGCUGUUUAAUAAAUAUAAACAUCUGGGGACUUAUAGGAGCUACAAUUUAUGUGGUUUCUGGGACGACCAUUGGAUCAGAGGGCUACACUCAUGGCGUUCCCAGGGUGGAUAUUUUGCACUACUUCUUGGCAAUAGGAAAUGAGUUCUUUCGCAUGUCGCUGACCUACUAUGAUUUAUAAAUUAUGUAAAAGUAUCGUGUGUGUACUUUUAUUUUCUGCUCUAUUAAUGAUCCUUGCUUACGUCAGAGCCGAAUCUUGUCUUUAUGAUUUUUUUUAAAUAAUAAAACUGCAGAUCUUUUGUUAUUAAAGUUAGAAUUUUUCUUCUUAGGAUUUGAAUUAUUAGGUGACCAGGCUCUUACAUCUUUCUGAAACACAAAGUAACUUUCAAUUAUUACUUCAGGAUAUAUGCUCUCACAUGCAGUAUUUUUCAGACAUUGGAGAAUCAUAGCCUGUGCAUCAUUUUGUCAUUUUCUUGCACAUCGACUAACAUUAAAUAAAGGCCAGAUAUGUGUUGUUUUGGAAGUGCUUAGAUCCAACAAAAUUCUUUUUUGCACUUUCAUUUUAGAAAAUAUUGUAAACUAAAGAGAUAUGAAGAUGUAAUACAGAGAUAUGUUGGUAAGUUCUAGAAGUUAACUUUAAAAUACUAGUGUACCUUAAAGAAGUCUUUAGAAAUGUUGCAUUUCUUGCUGACACAAUUAUUGAUUAUUUUGACCUUUAUUGCAGCCUUUAAUUUGAAAAAAAAAAAGCUUUUAAACGAGGACGUACUUAACAAGCAGCAAUAACAUUAACUUAAGAUAUUUUAACUCUGUUAUAUAACACCUAAAAUGUUUGCUCUUACAAAUGCAUGCUUUAACAUGUUAGGUUGAAACGUAUGUAAUCAUUGUAAGUGGGGCAUUUUUUUUUUUAUGGGAAAAUGAACUUCUCAGUGUUCGGUACUUUUGCAAGACCUGACGAAAUAUCUUACAUUGUAAUAUUUUUAUGUAAUCUGAGCUCUUCAAGAGCUUGUUUAAAAUAUGUGAGUGAAAUAAGAACUAGGCCAGUUACUCCAGAAGUAAUUAGAGAUGUUUGGCAAUAGACUGAAUGUCUGUUUGUAGUCCAAAGGUUUAAAAAUGUCAAAGAGCCAGGUUUCUUGGUUUGUUUGGGUUUUUUUUUUUUUAAGAUAUUAACCUUACUGCAUGCUUUGGCUAGCUACCCUGUUGGGUAAAAGUGGCCUUUGGAUUUAAAUGUGUCCAAAAGAGAGAUGAGAGAUUAGUUGUCUUAUUGUGCUCCUCCAGAAAUAAUUUCCAAAAAAUAAUUUUAUAGUGCGAGAUGUUUAUGACCAAAGUUGAAACAUUCAACUAUUUACCGGUUACUCAAAUAUAUCUAGUCAAAAAGAAACAUUUGCUUGGAAGGUGAGCAAGAAACGGGAAAUUGUAAAGAAUGAAAAUGGAUUUCUUGAUUAUAACACACCAGAUGUGUAUAUUAUGUCUGUAGUUUUUUGUAUGUCUGUAAACAGAAAUGCACAAAAGAAUGUAUUGGGCUUUCGGAAUGAUAGGAUUUUAAAAUCUUGAUUAGGAUGUAAGAUAGCUCUGAAGGCUUGUUAAUAUAAUGUUAUAAUUAUUAUGAUAGAAAAGCAACAAUUUGUAAAAAUAUGUGCAGUUUUAUAAGGAGGCAGAGAUGGGUGGGGGUGCGUGUGCACACAAGAGUGUAUGAAAUAGAAAAACAGGCUUUGUUUUAUUUUUAAUGGAAAUAUAUGACCAAUUAGGCAAGAUUGCGAUGCCUAUUUUCAUAGUUUCACACAAGUAUACGUGGCUUUAAAAACAUAUUUUCUUUCUUUCCCUAUUUUGUCUUCAUUGCUUUAAAUAAUUCUUUAUCUACAUGUAAAUGCUGUGACUUCUGAAUGUAGUAUUUGUAAUUAAAUGUUGUAGUUUAUGAAACUUGCAUUCAAGCAAGUAGGACAAGUAUUGCUGCUUCUUUCACGUACUCAGUGAUCUGCUGGCAUUGUAUUUUGACUGUUUUCAAAACAGUAUCUCUGCUGUCUUAUGCACAUUAUUUUCUUUCAAUAUUUUGAAGUUGGUGCUAUUCUGUAACAUGUGCCUGUAAAAUAGGAACAGAUUAUGAUGUGUUCAAGUGUAAUUACAAAUUAUGUCGUGUGUUGGAAUGUUUUGCUGCCACUUUGUUUUAUCAGAAAUUUAACAUUUCAGACAGUGUAACAAGUGUUGUUUUUAUACAUGUUAGGUAUAUUAGAUGCUGUUUGCUCUGCUGCAUUUUAUGGUUUUUCUUUUUUCAUUCUCCUCCUCCAACAGUGAGGAUUUUAUCUUCAGCAUUCUGUUCUUUCUUUGCAUGUGACAUCUGUUUACAGAGCUGGCCACGUUUGCCAUAAUAUAGUCCUGGCUUGGUAUAAAAUAAAAACACCAAUCCCUCCUAAACAAUGGAAGUGAGUUGAAUUCAGGCAUACUUUUUGGAUCAGGGAAAGUGGUCAUAUUUAUUCUAACAUGUUAGAGACUUUCAACAAAACAUUAAUGAAUACUUAUUGUUUUAGUCAAUAUGUACUUUUCUUUUGUGUCAUCUGCCUUUUGGCCUUCUGUACCCAACCCUCUUAGGAGAACGCAGAAAUGUGACAGCUAUGCAAGGACUCUCAUCUUUCUUUGUUUUCUGUGCCUUUUUGAAAGCUUUGAAGAAUGCUUCAUUGCCAUUUGUCCAUCCUGAACAGUAGAAAUUUUUUGUGUCUUGUUUAUUUAAUUAUUUAUUUAAUAGGAAAAGUGUAAGAUGCUUGAAAAUAAGAUUGAAUUAGUUCUUAGUAUCAUACUUAGGAUGAUAAUGGUGUGAAUGUUUAUGAGGUGGAGAAAGAGAGAAGAUGCACAUGUAAGAUUUUGUAAAUUGUAUUCCAUUUUGUAGAUUGUAGGUGUUAUAUUUGAUCUCAUUUUAGCUGAGGUGUGUAAGCACAUUUUCUUAUGUUUUAUAUCAGACUGAAUGAUAGUCUUUGUGUCUUAUUUUCUAGGGACAUUAAUGAAUCUUAUUUUCAGUUUUUAUCUGUAUCUUGUCUGUUUAUCUUCAAAUUUAGCAUGCAAUUAUAGGCACAAUUGGGGGAGCAGAUAACUGAGUGAUUUGAGCACUGGUGUCGGAACUGAGAGGUGUACCCGUUUGAUACCCAUGUAGCACAGCUCACUUUCCCCAUUCAAUCCAGCUGGCAGGAAUGGGUACCUGACUCCUAAGAGGGUUGGAGAAGAUAAGGGAACAAGUGAGAGAAGAUUGGCCACGCCCUCACGUAAAGCUGGCCUGGAGAAAAGUGAGGUCUUUAACACUUGGAAAACGACAUGGAACAAUUUUUUUUCUUUACCUUUAUAGGCAUAAUUGGCAAAUACUUCACAAAGUUUGAGUUAUAGUUUGUUUUUUUUAACUGUAAAAGAAAAAGACUUUGGACAGCAAUUUGAAAAAGUCUUGCUAGCAUAAAUGUAAAGAUCUCUAUACAUUCUAAUGGUUUUUGGUUGCAUUAUGGAGUAAGAUAGAAGUUUACAUUUUCUGCGUGCAGUAAUUCAAUCAAGAGGUCCUACAUAGUGCUAGCAAACUAUCACAAAAUAAAAUGCUUUUUACCAUUUUGCAUUUAAGGAUGAAUUAUAUAUACCUUUACCUGCCAAAUCUAGUGUGCAGAAUACAUUAAAAGUGACUUUCUUCACUUUCCAAUACCGUCAUGCUCUAAAACACACAUUUUGAGAAAAAUGAAGUUCAGGCUGAUGUUGCAACCUGAUUUAAACUUGUUCCAGAUCACUAAAAACCAGAAUUCCUAAAACUAAAUCUUUCCCUACCUUUGUGCAUCUGCCGGCAUAUUAUGCCAUAUUAGCUGUGAACUUGAAAUGUAGUUUCUAAAGUUCCUGUUUGUGUGGUGUCCAGACUGUAGACUUCCUACUUUAGAGGGAUUAUGGUUAUGGCAUAUCCAAAGGCGCUAUAAAGGAAUGUGAAGAUGUUGCAUUAAAGUAUUAUGCUUGCUUUUAAACAUUAAUGUCAUUGUGCAGAAGUUAGUGUUGUGUAAUAUUGUGCAGAAGUUGUGGUAGGCAUGUGUGCUGUAGAAGUAUUUAAAAUGUUGUUGAGUCACAAACAACUUAAAAUUAUUUUGUUUUUGCUUUUUAAUAUAACUUAGUUUGUUGCACUUUCUAUCAAGGCAUUUUUUUUAAAAAUAAUUUUUCUUAGUGAUGUUUUACCCCAUGAUUCCUUUGAAAUUUGGGGAACAAGGAAAGUAUCCCACUUUGCCAAGCAUAUGUUCUGACAAUUGUUGUGGCAUAUUUUUUACCCUUUGUGGUAAUUUGUCAGUGUCAUAGGCAAUAAAUUUUGCCUUUUGAUGUACUAUAUGCUUGCUGUAGAACUCUUAAAAUAAUACAUCACAAAAGAAGGUGG